GUACAGAGUCACAGACUCAUGAACCAAUAGACAAAUAUCUCUACAAACGCUUCUUUCUCUCUUUCUUCUUUCUUUCUAUCCCUACUUCGCCUCUGUUUCACUUGGCCCCUUGUUUCUCACAAGCCACUCUCUUCAUACUUGCAACUCCGUCAGACCCAAUCCCCAUUUUGCUCUAUCAAUCUCUCUCAAUGUUUCAUCAUAUGGGUAUCGUCCUUGUUUGCAUGAGCAGGUGUAUUUAAGAGCAUGGGUAGAGGUAGAGGAAAGGGUAAAAAACUAGCUGUUAUCAAUCACGAGGAUCCUGCAAGUGGGGAGGAUGAAAAAAUUCCCAUGCAGAAGAGAAGAGGGAGGCCACAGAAACCACUAAAGGAUGAUUUUGAUGAAGAAGAAGUAGAGAAGAUAGAAGAUGACAGUGACAACAAUGUGAAGAAUGGAAUCUCUAACAAAGAGAUGAAAAGUCCGACGGCAACUGAAAAUGGAAGGAAAAGGAAGAAAAGCUCACAGGUAAAAGAGAAACUGGAGUCAGUUGAGGAAGAAAAUGGCAUUGACAAUGGAUCAAACAGCACUGCUGAGUUGACAAAGUCCAAUGGUUUUAGGCAUAAUGGAAGCAGACGCAAAAACACACCUCGUAGAGCUGCUGAAGCAGGAGUGCAAUGCAAGUAACCAUAAUCAAAGUUGUGCAGUAGCUUUCUUCCUUUUCAUAUUACCAGUUACAAUGAUCAGAUAGGAAGUGAGACUCAGUAGUAUCAUUUAUUUUAUUUACUUGUUUUCUUUCUUUGCUCUCAUUUUUAGUUUCCUUUUUCCUGGGUGAGUCUGAUUUUGAGGGUUCCAUUCGCUGAUACCCUAUCAUUAAUUCCUUCUUUUCUUUAUUUCAAUCAUGAAUUUGAGAGUUUACAAUGCUACCUAUUGCUUAUAAUGC